AUGUAUUUUGAAUGUCCUUGCUCCUUUAGAAAGGAAUUAGAAUAGGAGAGUUAAAUAAUUGAACACAUUGAUAUAUGUUAAGAAUUUAACAUUGAUAGUCCACUUUGCAAUAUGUACAAAAGAGCAAAUGUUGAAGAAAUAUCAAUAGAAUAAUUAGUAACUUUCUUAUGUGAUCUAAAAUUACAAGUAGAGAGAAUUGAGAAUGUUUUAAAAAUAAGUAGAAUAAUAUAAUAAUUAAAUAGGAGGCUUUAGAAAAAAAAUAAUGCCAAUUAUUUCAGACCUAAAUUUUGAUCAUUGUUCUAAAUCCACAUCCAGUUCAAAAAUAAAAAAAAAUAAUGUUGGAAUUUAAUAAAAUAAUAUUGUAGUCAGAAUCCUUUAAAAAACCAAUUCUAGUGAAUAAUAAUCAUUUAAAAUUAAUUAGGAGAGUCUAAAUUAAGAUAAUUAAUUAAAUCUAACUUCCUCUCUUUCAACUCAUCAAUAUUUUGAAGAUGAAAAAUCUAGUAAUCUUAUAAUUCAUUAAACAAAAGAGAUAAUUUAAGACUAAUUAAUAAUUAAUUGUAAAUAAUAAUAAGAUGAAAAAAUUGCAUGUGAAGCUUGUAGAAAAACAUUUUAUUUUAAUCAAGAUUUUGAAAAGUUAUGGUUCUUAGAAAAUUGUGGACAUGUAAUGUGUAAAUUAUGUAUUCAUCGAUUGGCAUUAGAAAAAUAUGUUGAAAAUGAUGGUAGAAUUAUGUGUUAGGAAAUUGGUUGUAUAGCUUGGAUUAAAGAAUUUGAAUUAAAAUAAAUACUAGGAAUUGAUAAAUUUAAUGAUUUAGAUUAAAAAUUAGCAUUUAAAAAUUAAGAUAUUAUUGAAUGCAUUAAAUGUAAAUCUCAAUUCUUUUUUGAAAAAGGCAAUCCCAAAGAAAUAGUAAAAGAUUAAUAAGGUAAGAAUAUCAAUCAUGAAGCAUAGAUUAAUUAUGCUAAUAAUAGAUUUAUUUGUAAAUAAUGUAAAACAGAAUAAUGUAGAGAAUGUAAAGCAGUUCCUUUUCAUAUUGGAAUGACUUGUUAAGAGUAUAAGAUUAAUUCAUAAGCAAAUAAAUGUAUUCUUUGUAAUUUUCCAUGUGAAGGAAAAGUAUGUAAUUAAGAUGAUUGUCAAAAAAGAUUUUAAAGAUUAUGUUAAAAUAAAUUAGAUUGUGGUCAUAGUUGUAAUGGAGUAAAAGGAGAAGAAUGUUUAUGUUUAAUUUGUUCAAACUAAGAACCAGAUGAUUAUUGUAAUAUGUGUUUUAUUGAACCCUUAAAGAGUGCUCCAUGUAUUAAAACAGAAUGUGGUCAUAUAUUUCAUGAAGAAUGCAUUUUUAAGAAAUUAGAUUCAAAAUGGAAUGGAUAUAGGAUUAUAUUUAAUUAUUGUNGAACACAUUGAUAUAUGUUAAGAAUUUAACAUUGAUAGUCCACUUUGCAAUAUGUACAAAAGAGCAAAUGUUGAAGAAAUAUCAAUAGAAUAAUUAGUAACUUUCUUAUGUGAUCUAAAAUUACAAGUAGAGAGAAUUGAGAAUGUUUUAAAAAUAAGUAGAAUAAUAUAAUAAUUAAAUAGGAGGCUUUAGAAAAAAAAUAAUGCCAAUUAUUUCAGACCUAAAUUUUGAUCAUUGUUCUAAAUCCACAUCCAGUUCAAAAAUAAAAAAAAAUAAUGUUGGAAUUUAAUAAAAUAAUAUUGUAGUCAGAAUCCUUUAAAAAACCAAUUCUAGUGAAUAAUAAUCAUUUAAAAUUAAUUAGGAGAGUCUAAAUUAAGAUAAUUAAUUAAAUCUAACUUCCUCUCUUUCAACUCAUCAAUAUUUUGAAGAUGAAAAAUCUAGUAAUCUUAUAAUUCAUUAAACAAAAGAGAUAAUUUAAGACUAAUUAAUAAUUAAUUGUAAAUAAUAAUAAGAUGAAAAAAUUGCAUGUGAAGCUUGUAGAAAAACAUUUUAUUUUAAUCAAGAUUUUGAAAAGUUAUGGUUCUUAGAAAAUUGUGGACAUGUAAUGUGUAAAUUAUGUAUUCAUCGAUUGGCAUUAGAAAAAUAUGUUGAAAAUGAUGGUAGAAUUAUGUGUUAGGAAAUUGGUUGUAUAGCUUGGAUUAAAGAAUUUGAAUUAAAAUAAAUACUAGGAAUUGAUAAAUUUAAUGAUUUAGAUUAAAAAUUAGCAUUUAAAAAUUAAGAUAUUAUUGAAUGCAUUAAAUGUAAAUCUCAAUUCUUUUUUGAAAAAGGCAAUCCCAAAGAAAUAGUAAAAGAUUAAUAAGGUAAGAAUAUCAAUCAUGAAGCAUAGAUUAAUUAUGCUAAUAAUAGAUUUAUUUGUAAAUAAUGUAAAACAGAAUAAUGUAGAGAAUGUAAAGCAGUUCCUUUUCAUAUUGGAAUGACUUGUUAAGAGUAUAAGAUUAAUUCAUAAGCAAAUAAAUGUAUUCUUUGUAAUUUUCCAUGUGAAGGAAAAGUAUGUAAUUAAGAUGAUUGUCAAAAAAGAUUUUAAAGAUUAUGUUAAAAUAAAUUAGAUUGUGGUCAUAGUUGUAAUGGAGUAAAAGGAGAAGAAUGUUUAUGUUUAAUUUGUUCAAACUAAGAACCAGAUGAUUAUUGUAAUAUGUGUUUUAUUGAACCCUUAAAGAGUGCUCCAUGUAUUAAAACAGAAUGUGGUCAUAUAUUUCAUGAAGAAUGCAUUUUUAAGAAAUUAGAUUCAAAAUGGAAUGGAUAUAGGAUUAUAUUUAAUUAUUGUACAUGUCCUUUAUGCAAAAAAUUCUUGGAUAUAAAACAUAAGGAAAUUAAAAAUAAGAUAAAUGAAGCUUUAUAAUUAAAAUUACAUGUAUAAGAGUUAUGUUUAGAAAGAUUACAUAUAGAAGGAAUGAAAUAAGCUUAAGAAUUAAUAGAUCCUAAAAGUUAAUAUUAUUAAAAACCACAAGAAUUUGCAAUGGAUAAAUUUUGUUUUUAUGAAUGUUUUAAAUGUAAAAAGCCUUAUUUUGGAGGAAUUAAAAAUUGUUAAGCUAAUACAGAUUAUAAUGAAAGAACUUAGUUCAAUAAGGAAGAUUUAAUAUGUCCUAGUUGUUGUCCAAUAUCUUUUGAAGAUAUAUGUAAUUAACAUGGUGAUAAAUAUAUUGAAUUUAAAUGUCGAUUUUGUUGUUCGGUUGCUGUUUGGUUUUGUGGGUAUAUAUAUAAAAUAAAUAUAUUUAGAGGAACAACUCAUUAUUGUGAACCAUGUCAUAGUGGAAGGAAUCCGAAUAUGAAUAAACCUUGUCCUGGACUCGAAAAAUGCCCAUUACGUAUUAAUCACAAGCCAACUGGAUAGGAGAAUGCCUUGGGAUGUGCACUUUGUAGAACUAAAAGAUUUGAUGAUAUACUUAAAUAAAACUGA